CAAGUUUCUCACAAUAGGGCAAAAGUUCUGGGACCAAUUUCCCUCUUUAAACUUCACUCUCUCUCUCUCUAAUUUUCUUGCAUUUUUCUCUCUUUCUUCCCUUCUUGUGCCAUCGUCGCACGCUUCUUCUCAAUGUAAGUGUUUUCCACUCUUUUUUCCCCGUCAAUUUCUUCACGCCAUAGCAUAUGCACCUGUAAUCCGUGAAUUUACGAGUACAAUUUUCACUGAUAUUUUCUAAGGUACGGGUUUCUGAUUAGGUUAUUUGGGCGUGCUUAAAUCGAACCCUCCCACGUGUUUCAUUGGUUGUGAUCGAUAAUGUUAUUGAUCGAGAUUGUGAAAGUUUGAUUAGUUAGUAGGACGUUGCGGUCGUUUUCUUUUUCUGGUUUUGGGGGUUCUCUAGAUAUGAUUAAACAGAUACUCGGUAAAAUACCUCGCAAACCCUCAAAGUCAUCUCACGGCAAUUCAAACGGUGAUGGAGGGUUUAAUGAUGGCUUCUCACUGAACUCAUCUUCUAAUACCCUCUCAAAAUCGAAUUCUGUUUCUUCAAAAUCUUCGAGUUCUGGUGCAGUUGGGUCUCGUUCUGGGAAUGAGACUAUUGCUCAACACUAUACCAAUCAAGCUAAGAAAUCAGCUCCUACAUCGGGUUCAAUAAUGGCUUCGACAGUUUAUGAGGCUUUGCCUAGUUUUAGGGAUGUCCCUAGCUCGGAGAAGCAGACUCUUUUUAUUAGAAAGUUGAAUAUGUGCUGUGUGGUGUUUGAUUUUAAUGAUCCUGCCAAGCAUCUCAAAGAGAAGGACGUUAAACGGCAAACUCUACUUGAGCUUGUUGAUUACGUUUCAUCUGUGAAUUCGAAGUUUAACGAGUCAGCGAUGAACGAGAUGACAAAGAUGGUAGCAACCAAUUUGUUUCGCGCUUUACCUUCUUCCAAUCAUGAUGGGAAGUUGGCAGAUGUCAGUGAGCCUGAUGAAGAAGAACCUGUUUUGGAACCGGCGUGGCCUCAUCUGCAGAUUGUGUACGAAUUUCUCUUUAGAUUUGUGGCUUCGCCUGAGACAGAUCCUAAGCUUGCGAAAAGAUACAUUGAUCACUCGUUUGUGUUGAGGCUGCUUGAUCUUUUUGACUCGGAAGACCAAAGAGAGAGGGAUUACCUGAAGACUAUUCUUCACCGUAUUUAUGGGAAGUUCAUGGUGCAUCGUCCAUUCAUUAGAAAAGCUAUCAACAAUAUCUUUUACCGGUUCAUAUUUGAGACAGAGAAACACAGUGGGAUUGCUGAGUUGCUUGAAAUAUUGGGCAGCAUAAUAAAUGGUUUUGCUUUGCCUUUAAAGGAAGAGCAUAAACUGUUCCUUGUCCGGGCACUGAUUCCGCUACACAAGCCUAAGUGCGUUUCUCUUUAUCAUCAGCAGCUUUCUUAUUGUAUUACUCAGUUUGUCGAGAAGGAUGUCAAGCUAGCUGAUACUGUGGUUAGAGGCCUUUUGAAAUAUUGGCCGAUAACUAAUAGUGCAAAGGAGGUAAUGUUCCUAGGUGAGUUGGAGGAAGUUUUAGAGGCAACACAAGCAGCAGAAUUCCAGAGAUGUGUGAUCCCAUUAUUUCGUCGGAUUGGCAGAUGCCUUAAUAGCUUACACUUUCAGCAGGAAACUGGCUGUGGUUUUGAAGGCUUUUUUAAUGUACUAGGGUAAGAAUAUAUCAGUAACAAUUUGGUAAGUAGGUCACUGUGUAAUGAUGUACUACCUCAAUUGACUACGACCAUCAAGUUUUAAAUGUACAGCAAGCUAGUUAUAAAAAAUUGAAAACAAAAAACAUAUGUUGAUAUUCAACUCUUAACAACAUAAUAGAAUCCAAUUUUCUACUGUUGCAAUUGGGUUUGGCAAAAUAGUGGACAAUUUGUUAGUGCAUUCAGCAUUGAGAUAUUCUGAAGUUGUAUGAAAAUGGGGUUCAAAUUCAUAGGUUAUGAAACUGUAGUUUGUAAUGGGUCAUAUUUGUUCGUUCAGAUUAUUGUAGAGGACACUUGUUAAUAACUCUAUAUAAUGCAUUGUAUUUGACUUGAUAUCCCUUCUUCUUUAAUGGUUGGAAAAUAACGUUAUUUUAUGACUCUACGUAUAAAUCUGAAAUUUUUUUAUAUUGAUUCAUGAUUUCAUAUGAAAUGAUCAUUCAAUUUUCUUGAAAGUUAAACUUAUGUUGCCAACAACACAUUAUAUAUGGUUGCCUUUUAUAUAACGAUUUUGUUUGGACAACUUUCUAUAAUGACUUCUCAAAGAGAAAAAUAAGAAGAAAAAAUAAUUCUGUUUCUUCAUAAGUAAAAAUUAGCUUAUGCAUUAGUCAAGAAUUUAAAGAUGACUGAGCGAACUUCUACAAAUUCGCUUAUGCAUAAACUAAUUUUAACUUAUGGUAAAGCUCAUUUUAUUUUUUUCUGUUAUGUUUCUCUCUUAGAAGUUCUUAUGGAAAAAUUUGUUCAAACAGAUUCUAAACUUGGUCGACCUAUAGGCUAAUGUUAAAUCUUCAGAACUUUUGUUGCAACAAUAUAUUAAUGAAUGUUUUUUAUGUUAGAACUUGCAUUUGUGACAACUGUAGAUUGUAGAUUUUUGGGUUCUUUUUUAUGAGUUUGAUUGCUACGAAUACAUACUAUAGUUUUAUUAUCUGGAAUUAGUCUCAAAAAAUUAAAACUAAACAGUGAAACACACCUUAAGUGCACUAUAAAAGUAUGUGUUCAAAUUAAAAUUUCGCUAGAUUUAGUAAGUUAGGUUUGAUGUUAU